AUGGCUGUCAGGUGCAAAUGUGAAAACGAGAACAAGGUUGCUGCCCGGUGCCUUUUCCUCCCCGAAAUUCUGAGAGAACACCAGGCCCCUCUUGGAGAUACGGAAGGAAAGCCCCACCCUUUGCAGAAUGACUCUCUCUGUGGGACUUGGGUAGCCCCAAAUCCGGAUGGCUCCAUGGUGGUGAAGAUGGCUGCUUCUGGGUGUUAUGUGGAAGCUCAGGACGGAAACUACCAAGCAGUGAUCCAGAUUGAAGGUGUAAAAGCUGAUGGACAGAAGACCUCCUAUAAAGAAGAGCUAAAAUGCCCAGAGACCUUUCUAGCACUGGAUCCUCCCAGCCCUAGUCUGUGUUCAGCCAUUCAAGUCCCGGACAGACUCUCGUGCGCAACCCAUCAAAUCAGCCAAGGGGAAUGCGAGGACUUGGGAUGCUGCUACAGCUCCAGAGACAGGACGGCUCCAUGUUACUAUGGAAACCAAGUGACAGCCCACUGCACCCCGGAAGGCCAGUUCUCCAUUGCUGUCUCCAGGUUCGCAACCCGCCCGCCUCUUUUCUUGGAAACAGUGCACUUGCUGAGCAGCCGAGGGAGAGAGUGUGCCCCUGUAUCGAAGACCGACAUGUUUAUCCUUUUCCAGUUUCCACUUACUGCUUGUGGGACAACCUUAAAGGCAACCGGAAGCCAGCGGGUAUAUGAAAAUGAGCUGGCAGCAGAUAGGCAGGACCUUGUGUCCCGGACUGGCUCCAUCACCCGAGACAGCAGCUUCAGGGUCACCGUCCGUUGCAGCUACUCGGCCGACGCCGCCUUGCCUGUCAGUGUACGUGUUGCCACUCUGGCGCCACCUCCUGCCGUAGUCCAGCAAGGACCACUUACCUUGGAAAUGAGACUGGCACGAGAUGAGAAGUACUCCUCCUACUAUACGGACCAGGAUUAUCCAGUGGUGAAGUUUCUCCGUGACCCGGUUCCGGUUGAAGUCCGUAUCCUUGGAAGGAUGGACCCGGCGUUGGUUCUGGUCCUGCAUGAAUGCUGGGCCACGCCAAAUAUCAACCCCCUGCAGAAACCAGAAUGGCCACUUCUGGAGAAUGGAUGCCCCUACAAAGGAGACAAUUACCGAACCCAGCUGGUGCCUGUUGGUGUGGACUCGGGGCUGCAGUUUCCCUCCCACUAUCAGCGCUUCAUUGUCAGCACGUUCACCUUUGUGGAUGCUACUUCCCAGAGGAUGCUUACUGGGCGGGUGUAUUUCCACUGCAGCGCCUCGGCCUGUGUACCUUCAAGGCAGGAGAGAUGUGUCGUCCGUUGUGAUGGGACUACUCCAGGAAGAAGACAAAGAACAGCAGAGAAACAGCCAGAGGAGCAGCUCGUCUUAGUGACCUUGGAUGGGCCUGUGAACUUUUCCAGCCCCCAAGAGGCAGAAGUGCUAGCUCGACAAGGACUGAAAAAACUUCCUCCUCAACAGAGCUCUGCUCAGUGGGAUGCAGCUGUCAUCCUUGGGGCAGGAAUUGCGGCAGUGUUGGCUAUGGGCGCCCUAACUGCUGUCGUUGUGAGGGAACGCUGGGGAAGGCGAGAAAAAAGAUUUCCCUCUGCAUAA